AUCAAUGAAAUCAAACCUUUCUACAUGGUAUCAGAGCCUAAAAAUCAAAAACCCUAAACCCCCUCUCUCUCUCGUUCGGCCUUCUCUCUCGCCGUCAGCGCCGACUCUCCCCACGGCAGCUCUCCUCACCGGCGACACCCUCUCCUCCUCGGCGGUCCUCUUCUUCCCCUCACCAUGGCCGAAAACAGCGAGAUCACUUCCCAAAAUAACUCCUCCAAACCUUCUCAUCUUGCUUUCACAACAAUCUCAAACCGAUUCAAUCUCAAGGGCUACAUCGAUGGCUCCGUCGUCCCCCUCUCCGAUGACGACGACGAAUGGUUCCAACUCGACGCUCUCCUCCAAGGCUGGAUCCUCUCCACCAUCACCGAUGAGGUCUCAGAUCUGGUCAUCUCCUUUGUCUCUACUGCCUCUGCUCUUUGGAAAGUCAUCCACGACUUGUUCCACGACAACAAACAUGCUCGAGCUAUGCAAUUGGAACAUGAAUUUCGCACGACAGUCAAGGGCAACUCCACCAUGGCAGCCUAUUGCCAACAACUGCAGAAUCUUGCCGACUGGCUGGAUGAUGUUUAUGCACCAGUCUCCCAACACCAACUCGUCCUUCAAAUGCUUCGUGGUCUCCCUGCCGAUCUCCGGGGACAAACAUCAUUCAUGCAAUUUCAGGAUCCCAUGCCCACGUUUCUGCAGGUUCGAUCCGCCCUCAUGCUGCUGGAUCGACAACGGACGGGUCCCUCCGACUCGGGCUCCACGGCUUUCCUCACGACCCGAGUCGGCGGCAACUCCCACGGCGGCACUCACGGCGGUACUUCCGGCGGCUAUGGCGGACAGCAUGGUGGCACAGGCUAUGGGGAAGGCAACUCCGGGCAACGUGGAGGCUAUGGACGAGGACAAGGCCGUGGCGGUGGAAAUCGGGGCAGAGGUCGCGGACGUCAAAACGGCUCACGACCACGGCAAUCCUACGACGGCAACAAUACCUGGAACUCGCUGUACCCUAACCCUAACCCGGGGCUUCUUCAGAGUCUCAUUCAGAAACUCAAGGCUGAGUUUGCCAUGACAGACAUGGGUGAUCUACAUUUCUUCCUCGGCAUUAAUGUUCAUCGCACUGCUCAGGGCCUUUUCCUCCAUCAGACACAGUUCACUCAUGAGAUCCUUGAGAGGGCAGGGAUGGUCUCCUGCCGCCCCAUAUCCACUCCAGUCGACACCAAGGCAAAGCUUUCUUCCUCUUCCGGCACGGCACUUCCAGAUCCUUCUCUUUACAGCUCUGCCUCCACGGUAUCUACCUGACUCGCUCCUCGAUAGACUAUCU